GUGUGAAUCAAGUUGAAGCAACUCGACGUAUUUGUACUUGUUCACUCCCAUGAUCUUCCUCGGCACCGGACACACUUGUAUUAGCAUGGUACUUAGAGAAAACGCGCACGGGAUCGAGUAUAAAAAGCCCCAUAUUAUACACGAUGCUAGAUGACCGUCACAUCGAGUAGGCUUACUCGACCAUGGUGCGUUUUACCGUCUUUACCGUUUUGCUCGCAGUGGCUGCUGCUAGUGCCCGUGUCAUGACCAAGCGUGCGGUGAAGGAGCGCCAGCUUGAGGCAGCAAAGCGUUGGCAAACCAGCUGGUCUGUAGAGAUGGGAAGUGCAGGGGAGGUGGAGCGCAAUGGUGUUCAAAACAUCACCUUCACGAACCCCAGGGCCUCAGAAUUCUACGUCGAUGGCACAUCCCUCCCACUUGUCGACUUUGAUGUCGGUCCUAGCUGGGCAGGUUUGUUGCCCAUAAGCAACAGUCCUAAUGAGACACGUCAGCUCUUUUUCUGGUUUUUCCCUCCCGGGCCCGAAGGGAGUCUCGAUGAUUUGAUUUUUUGGACAAAUGGCGGCCCUGGCUGUUCCUCCCUCGAAGGUCUGCUGCAAGAGAAUGGACCUCUCAGUUGGGCCUGGGGUCAAGCCAAACCAACGGUGAAUGAACACAGCUGGACCAACCUCUCCUCCAUCCUUUGGGUGGAGCAACCUGUUGGCACAGGAUUCUCUCAGGGCACUCCAAACAUACAGAACGAAGAUGAUCUCGCCGCUCAAUUCGUCGGUUUCAUGCAGCAGUUCCUGGAGGUCUUUUCGGAACUCAAAGGCAAGAAGCUGUAUCUGACGGGUGAAAGCUACGCUGGAACAUACGUGCCUUAUAUCGCAAACUAUAUCUACGAGAAUCCCACUCUGUUGGACCUCUCGUUGCAAGGGAUAUGGAUCAGUGAUCCUUCUCUCUCGUGGGACGUGGUGCAAGAGCAGAUCCCUGCAGUGGACUUCGUGAACAAAUAUGCCGGUCUUUUCUCUUUCAACCAAACAUUCAUGAAUCACCUCGAAACGAAGGCCGCGAAGUGUAAUUAUACUGGCUACAUGGACAAAUACGUCACGUAUCCUCCAACUGGCCUUCUUCCACUGCCAGGGAACUCAGUUGAGGCUGCUGACGGCUGUGAUGUCUGGGACGAGAUAUUCAACAACGCGCUAGUUAUCAAUCCCGCCUUUGAUAUCUAUCGCAUUUGGGACACUUAUCCGAUUCUAUGGGAUGUCCUUGGAUCCCCAGGUACAAUCUUACAGGCGCAAACUCCGAUCUACUUUAACCGCAAGGAUGUGAAGCACGCCAUACAUGCGCCUGUUGAUACCGAAUGGACAGAGUGCUCCAAUAUCGAUGUAUUUCCCAGUGGAGAUGGCAGCUUACCACCUGCCUUUACCGUAUUACCGAAUGUUAUUGAGAAGAACCAGCGGACUGUCAUCAUUCACGGUCUCGCUGAUUUCGUUCUCAUUUCUGAAGGAACCAGAAUCGUCAUUCAAAACAUGACCUGGAAUGGAUUGCAAGGAUUCCAGACGCCUAUCGCCAAUGACGGCUUCAUUGUCGACGGCGUGGGUGCCUAUGGCACGCUGCACUCAGAGCGGGGCCUAACUUAUUACGAAAUAGCCCUGAGUGGUCACAUGUGAGUUCACCACAAUACAAAGCAUCCCGUUUCUCACGUGUCUUCUGCAGGGUCCCACAAUUUGCGCCAGUAGUAAGUCAACAAUUCUGUGGCAUGAAUGCGGUCUAAUGCAGAGAUUGAUAAUCCAGGCGGCCUUCCAGAUUAUGCAGUA